AUGUCUGGCGGCAGAGAAGAUGAACAUGAAGAAGAUGACAAAGGAGAAAAUGAAGAUAAUGAGGAAGAAAAAGAAGGUGAAGAGCAAGUUGAAGAGGACAAUGAAGAUGAAGAAGGUGAAGAUGAAGAAAACAAAGAAAUUGAUGAAGAAGAUGGAAAAGAUGAUGUAGAAGAUGACAAAGAAAAUGAAGGUGAAGAUGAAAAUGAAGAAGACAUAGAUGAUGAAGAAGACGUAAAAGAAAACGAAGAGGAAGAUUAAGAGGAAAGUGAUGAAGCUGAAGAUGAUGAAGAAAGAAAAGAUGAAGAAGAAGAUGAAGCAGGUGAAUGUGAAGGUGAUGAUGAAGAGGAAGAUGAAAGGGAAAUGAUGAUGAAGAAAAAAGCUAAUACAAAGAGAGAAGACACAAAUGAAGAAGGUGAAGGUGAAGAUGAUGAACAUGAGGAGGAAGAUGAAGAAGACAGAAAAGAUGAAGAGGAAGAAGAAAAAGAUGAAGAUGACAAAAUGAAGGAGAAGAUAAUGAGGGCAAUGAAGAAGGAGGACAGCAAAGAAGAAGAUGAAGACAAAGAUGGUGAAGUGGAAGGUGAGGAAGGCGAAUGUGAAGAAGAGGAUGAUGAGGGGGAGGAAGGCCAAUAUGAAGAGGACAGGGAAGGGGAAGAAGAAGAAAGCCAAUAUGAAGAAGAAGAUGAUGGUGAAGAAGGCCAAUGUGAAGAAGGGGACAAAGAAAAUGAGGAAGGAGAAGAUGAGGAAGGAAAAGAAGACAUCUAUGAAGACAGCAAAGAAGACAGUGAAGAUGAAGAGGAAGACAGGGAAGAAGAUGAAGAAGAUGAAGAC